GUUACUGUUUUUUGAGCUAUAUAAUAAGAAGACAAGCCUCGGUUGAAUAACAAAAGAACAAAAAAAGGAACAGAGGAAAAGAUGGCUGAGGCACACCAGAGAAUUCAGGUUCCUAGAGUGAAACUGGGAACUCAAGGACUUGAGGUUUCAAAGUUGGGGUUUGGCUGUAUGGGACUUUCUGGAUCCUUCAAUGAUCCUGUCCCUGAUGAUGUUGGCAUAUCGCUCAUCAAGCAUGCAUUCAAUAGAGGAAUCACUUUCUUCGAUACAGCAGAUAGCUAUGGACCCAAAACUAAUGAAAUAUUGCUUGGAAAGGCAUUGAAGCAGCUACCGCGAGAGAAGGUACAGGUGGCCACAAAAUUCGGUAUUGCAAAAAUGGAUUCUACUGGUGUCAUAAUCAAUGGCACUCCUGAAUUUAUCCGCGCCUCUGUUGAGGGUAGCCUGAAGCGCCUUGAUGUGGAAUACAUUGAUCUCUACUAUCAGCAAAGAGUUGACACAACCACUCCAAUAGAGGAUACUAUGUCUGAACUCAAGAAGUUGCUAGAAGAGGGAAAAAUAAAGUACAUUGGUUUAUCUGAACCUAGCCCUGAAACUAUAAAGAGAGCACAUGCGGUUCAUCCCAUUACUGCUUUACAGAUGGAGUGGUCACUUUGGACUCGUGACAUUGAGGAAGAAAUAGUCCCCCUUUGCAGGGAACUUGGAAUUGGGAUUGUUCCAUAUAGCCCUCUUGGUCGUGGUUUCUUUGGCGGCAAAGCAGUUUUGGAGGGUUUGCCUGAAAAGAGUGUUCUGGCAAUGCUCCCAAGGUUUCAAGGAGAAAACUUGAACAAAAACAAGAUCUUAUAUUUGCAAACAGAGAAGUUGGCUCAAAAGCAUGGAUGUACUCCUGCACAACUUGCACUUGCCUGGGUUCUUCAUCAAGGAGAUGAUGUAGCACCUAUUCCUGGAACAACAAAGAUAAAAAAUCUUGAUAGCAACAUUGAUUCACUGAAAGUAAAGCUAACAAAAGAAGAUUUGAAAGAAAUUUGUGAUUUGAUUCCAAUAAAUGAGGUAGCGGGCGCUACUUAUCCGGAGAGAUUACAGCAAUUCAAUUGGAAGUUUGGUAAUACACCACCAAAGGAGAGCAAGACUUUAACAUAAAAUAACUAUAUAUGGAUGCAAAGUCUGCAGAAAAAUAUGAUGGUUUUGGUGAACAGACACUCCAGCUAUUGAAAGACUAGAAGUUUGUAUUGAUGAGUUACCAAGUUUCGGAUACAUGAAUGAAGGGUUCAGUGAGAGCAGAAGCCUGCAUUAUUACCAAAAUAAAAAUGAUGCAUUUACUUGUAUGGUUUUUCUUUCUAUGAUUUGUAGCCAGUAAUAUCCCAAUGGUUACAGUUGAUAAUGGGUAUUUUGUU